CGGAUUGUCGCAGGGGUUCAGAGCGCGCGCUGCAAAAUGUCCCUCCCUUACGACCUCGACCCGAACUCGAUCAAGCCGGGCGCCAUGCGCUCGAUGACGACAGACAAGCUCGCGUCGUUUUCGCUCGGUGGCACAAAGAAGACAGCCUUUGAGAGGCGCAAGGAGGAGCUCGCCGCCAAGCGCCGAGAGCAGGAGGCAGCGCUGGCUGCAGAGCACGCGCGAUUCGUCGAGGAGUUUGAGUCGGGGCCCGAGCGGCCGACGAAGCAGUUUGUGCGCGGGGGCGUGCAGGGCGGCGACGUCGGGGCUUCCAGCAGCGGCAGGCCGGCCGCACCCACCGGCCCUCGCAUCUCCGCACCUCAGCGGCGCGGCCCUAGCGCCGCCGCGCGCGCAGCCUUUCAGCCCGACGCCAUCGACGGCGAGUCGCUGGACGCCGAGCCGCCCAAGCCGCCUCCGAGCGCUGCUGGCCGGCUGGCGGCAGCGCCGGCGCGCAAGGGGAAGGACAGGGGCCCGUCGCAGAUGGAGGAGUUUAUGAUGGAGCUGCGGCGCGAGCAGGAGGAGCGCGACAGCCGCGGUGAGCGCGACUCGGACGUGCGCAAGUCGGACGCGCCGACUUCCUUCGACAAUCAGGAUCCCGACACUACCAACCUGUACAUUGGCAACUUGAGCCCCAACGUCAGCGAGGAGGCGCUCUUCCGCUCGUUCCAGCACUUUGGUGCGAUUCAGUCCGUCAAGAUCAUGUGGCCAAGGUCCGAGGACGAGCGGCUGACCAAGCGGCUCAACGGCUUUGUCGCCUUUGUCAAGCGGGCCGACGCCGCGCGCGCCAAGGACGAGAUGAACGAGACCGAGCUGCUUGGGUACGUGAUGCGCAUCGGGUGGGGCAAGACUGUGGCGCGGCCGACGCAGCCCAUCACGCUCGCCUCCAUCCAAGCCCGCGCCUCGAGCGCCGCGUCCUCGCUGCCCGCGCCGCGGCCCACGGGCAUGGCACCCGAGGCGGUGUCUGUGCCGCCCAACCACGAGAUCAUCGACCGGCUCGCCCUCUUUGUCGCGCAAGAGGGGCACCCCUUUGAGCAGGAGGUGAUGUCGCGCGAGGCGGAGAACCCGAGCUACCGCUUCCUCUACGACCGCGGCUCGGCGGAGCACCGCUACUAUCGGUGGAAGGUCGUCUCUCUCUGCUGCGGCGACAGCGUGGACGCAUGGGACACGGCGUCCUUCCGCCUGCAGCCGGACGGGCCGCUCUGGGCGCCUCCGCCGUGCUCGCGCCCGCCGCCAGCGCGUGACACUGCUGCCAAGCGUGACACUGAUGCCAACCGCUCGCGCUCCCCGAGUCGCUCGCCGUCGCGAUCGCGCUCACGCUCACGCUCGCCGCCACGAUCGCGCUCACGCUCACGCUCGCGCUCCCCGCCGGCGCGGGGGCGCAAGUUCGAUCGCGACAACCACGCCCGCGGGCUCGAGC